GCCGCCAUGCUCCGCCUCCGGAGCUGCGUCCUCGCCCAUCUCCUCUCCUCUCCCGCCACCUCCUCGCUCCCCUCUCUCCACCGCCUCCUCUCCGCCGCCGCCGCCUCCCCCAGCUCCGGCUUCUCCGUGGAGGAGUACCUCGUCUCCACCUGCGGGCUCACCCGAGCGCAGGCCCUCAAGGCCUCCCCCAAGCUCUCCCACCUGAGGUCCCCAUCCAAGCCCGACGCCGUCCUCGCCUUCCUCGCCGGCAUCGGCAUCCCCAGCUCCGACGUCGCGGCCCUAGUCGCCAGGGACCCCAAGUUCCUCUGCGCCAGCGUGGAGAGAACCCUGUCCCCCAUCGUCGACGGGCUCACCGGCCUCGGACUGUCGCCUUCCGAGAUCGCGCGACUCGUCCCGCUCACCGCCAACAACACCCACUUCCGCAACAAAUCCGUCGUCUCCAAGGUGGACUACUACCUGCGCCUCUUGGGCUCCUUGGAGGAAUUCCUCCGGGCAUUCAAGCAUAACCACAAUCUCCUCUCACACAACCUCGAGACGGUGGUCAAGCGGAAUGUCGGGUUGCUGCAGGAGUGCACGCUAGGUGCUUGCGACAUUGCCAAGCUUGCCAUCUCUAUGCCAAGAAUGCUCACCGCCAACGUGGAACAAAUCCGGGGGAUGGUGGCCGGUGCUGAACGUCUAGGUGUGCCUCGCGGCUCUGGGAUGUUCCGGCAAGCCAUGCGGAGUGUUGCGUUCGACAGCGAGGACAAGAUCGCCGCCAAAAUGGAAUACAUGAAGGAGACGUUUAGGUGGUCGGAUGCCGAGGUGCGCAUUGCUGUGUCCAAGGCUCCAAUGCUGCUCACCUUGGGCAAGGACCUGCUGCAGAGGAAGUCAGAGUUCCUCAUCUCCGAGGUUGGACUGGAACCACCAUACCUUGCUCAUCGCCCGAUAAUGCUCAGUUACAGCCUAGAGGGGCGGCUCAGGCCACGGUACUACGCUGUAAAGUUUCUCAAGGAAAACGGAUUGCUCAAGGGCAACCUGGGCUAUAAGACAAUUUGGGAUCUGGUUGAGAAAAUAUUCAUGGAGAAGUACAUAUGCCCUCACAUGGAGGCUGCACCACACCUUGCUGAAGACUAUGCGGCCGCAUGCAGAGGGGAAGCGCCAACUAGAUUCAGAUUUACUUGAACCAUCAAUGGGCUAUGAAAAUUGGCAAACUGUGUAGGGCGCUCAACAAGGUUUUCAUUCUGAGUAGCAAGCUGUAGAGAAGAAAGCAUCGCCUGCAAUCUCUGAAAAUGAUAGGUCCUGGAAUAUAUUUGUGUUUCUGACUUCCGUUUAAGAUCAUGGAAAUUGGAUGUGGGGGUGGAUCAAUUUUCUGUUGAAACCAGGAUCCAGCAAACCAGAAAGCAAAAGAACCAUUCUGUCCUGGUUUCCAUUAAAAACAUUGGUAUGAUAUGCUUUCAUGCUGAAUUCUAUCAGCAUGUCCCAUUUUUGUUU